GGCGGGACUACUGGGAGGCGGAAGCAGCCGCAGGCAUGGCGGCGGCGGUGCCGCUUUUUCUGUCGGUUCUGCUGCUCCUGGGGCCUGGCGGCUGGAGCCAGGCAGAAUCCCCACGCGAUAGCCUGCGGGAGGAGCUUGUCAUCACCCCGCUGCCUUCUGGGGACGUAGCCGCCACAUUCCAGUUCCGCACGCGCUGGGAUUUGGAUCUGCAGCGGGAAGAAGUGUCUCAUUAUAGGCUCUUCCCCAAAGCCCUGGGGCAGUUGAUCUCCAAGUAUUCUCUGCGGGAGCUGCACCUGUCAUUAACCCAAGGCUUCUGGAGGACUCGAUACUGGGGGACACCCUUCAUGCAGGCCCCGUCAGGUGCAGAGCUCUGGGUCUGGUUCCAAGACACUGUCACUGAUGUGGAUAAAUCUUGGAAGGAGCUCAGUAACGUCCUCUCGGGGAUCUUCUGCGCCUCUCUCAACUUCAUCGACUCCACCAACACUGUCACACCCACCGCCUCCUUCAAACCCCUGGGGCUGGCCAAUGACACGGAUCACUCCUUCCUGCGCUAUGCGGUGCUGCCACGGGAGGUUGUCUGCACCGAGAACCUCACCCCGUGGAAGAAACUCUUGCCCUGCAGUUCCAAGGCGGGCCUCUCGGUGCUGCUGAAGGCUGAUCGCCUGUUCCACACGAGCUACCACUCCCAGGCAGUGCAUAUGCGCCCUGUAUGCAGAGAUGCUCGCUGUACCAGCGUCUCCUGGGAGCUGAGGCAGACCCUUUCUGUUGUGUUUGAUGCCUUUGUCACCGGGCAGGGAAAGAAAGACUGGUCCCUCUUCCGGAUGUUCUCCCGAACCCUCACAGAGCCCUGCCCCCUGGCUGCCCAGAGCCGAGUCUACGUGGACAUCACCAGCUACAGCCAGGACAAUGAGACGUUGGAGGUGUACCCGCUCCCCCUCACCACGUACCAGGAUGUCAUCCUGGGCACCCGGAGGACCUAUGCUGUCUAUGACUUGCUGGACUCGGCCGUGAUCAACAACUCACGCAGCCUCAACCUCCAGCUCAAGUGGAAGAGACCCCCAGAGAAUGAGGCCCCGCCUGUGCCCUUUCUGCACGCCCAGCGGUACGUGAGUGGCUAUGGGCUGCAGAACGGGGAGCUGAGCACGCUGCUGUACAACACCCACCCGUACCGGGCCUUCCCUGUGCUGCUGCUGGACACCGUGCCCUGGUACCUGCGGCUGUACGUGCACACCCUCACCAUCACCUCCAAGGGCAAGGAAAACAAACCAAGUUACAUCCACUACCAGCCUGCCCGGGACCGGCUGCAGCCCCACCUCCUGGAGAUGCUGAUUCAGCUGCCAGCCAACUCUGUCACCAAGGUCUCCAUCCACUUUGAGCGGGCGCUGCUGAAGUGGACUGAGUACACCCCGGACCCCAACCACGGCUUCUAUGUCAGCCCUUCUGUCCUCAGCGCCCUCGUGCCCAGCGUGGUGGCCGCCAAACCCGUGGACUGGGACGAGAGCCCCCUCUUCAACACGCUCUUCCCAGUCUCCGACGGCUCCAGCCACUUCGUGCGGCUCUACACGGAGCCGCUGCUGGUGAACCUGCCCACCCCGGACUUCAGCAUGCCCUACAACGUCAUCUGCCUCACGUGCACCGUGGUGGCCGUGUGCUACGGCUCCUUCUACAAUCUCCUCACCCGAACCUUUCACAUCGAGGAGCCCAGAACGGGCGGCCUGGCCAAGCGGCUGGCCAACCUGAUCCGGCGCGCCCGGGGCGUCCCGCCGCUCUGAGUCACCGCACGCCGCUCGCCGCCCGGCUGCCGCGUCUCCCUGUCUUGCUGCCACCUGCUCUCCGCAGAGGUGGCUUCGGAACCACACAGACCCCUGGGCUGGGCCAGGGCCCAGAGCUGCACUGUGCAGUGCGGGAAUCACAAGCGGAGACAUGGCAUUUGACUUUAAUUUAAAUUGAAAGUGCGUUUCCUCAGCUGUUCCAGCCACAUUUCAAGGGCUCGGUCACCAAAACUGAUGAGUGGCCGCUGUACCAGCGGCUCGACAAGUGUUUCCAUCAUCCCAGAAGGUUCUGUGGGACAGCCCUGGCCUGGAUCACUGGGCAAGCUCAAGAAUUGGUUAUCACUGUGUGGGAGGUGGAAUUUACUGGUUGUGGAAUAAAAAGUGUCUACAUCCUUG